AGAUGGCAGUCGCUAAAUAGUACUCCGCCCCUUAAUCCGAGGCCGUGCACGUAUGCUGUCAGUGCCCGAGCUUCACCGGUAGAAAGAUGGCGUCUGCCGGUGCCCUGACUAUUCUGGAGUAUUUUGGCGGAGAAGACGGGAACCGGUGCGGGUACUGUAAAAGCGAUUCCGGUAACCUUUCACACGGCAUGUGGGCGCAUUGCCUUACUGUACAAGACUACCAGGACCUUAUAGACAGAGGAUGGAGACGAAGUGGGAAGUAUGUGUACAAACCACUGAUGCAUCAGACAUGCUGCCCUCAGUACACCAUCAGAUUGUCUGCGUUUCAUUUCCAACCUACUAAAUCACAUAAGAAAGUGCUGAAGAAAAUGCUAAAGUUUCUCCAGGUUGGGGAGGUGCCUCAUUCCAUAAAUGAUGGACAUUCAGAAGAGCAGAUGGAUUCUCAGGCUGAGAUCCCGGUUUCCUGUGAUAUUUCCAGUAUGCACAAGUCUGUGAUCUCUGAAGAAGAGCUGAAAAACCUGAAUACCGAACUAGAUGCAACGGAAAAAGGACCUGAGCCCAAGCAGGGAGAUACAGCAAGCGAUUGCAACUCUGGAACAGGUGACCAAAAGGCACAGAGCGCUAAUAUUGAGGUGAUCAUCCAAACUGCUCCAAAACCAGGGAAGGGCGCUGAUGUUAAUAAGCCCCUAUGUCGGAAAGCCAAAGAGAUUCGUAAGGAGCGCCGUCUUCAGAAGCAGCUGCUGAAGCAGACCGAUAAAGCCUGCCUAACUGAGCAGCCCACUAUCAUCUCUGACCUGAAGCCCAAAGCCACUUGCAGCAAGUCUCUGGAGGAUUUUAUCCACGCGGCACAGCCAGAGAGUGCCGCUCACCGUCUGGAGGUGAGACUUGUAAGGUCUUCUCCUCCCAGCUCCCAGUUUAAAGCAUCUUUUCAGGAGUCCUACCAAGUCUAUAAGCGCUAUCAGAUGAUCAUUCACCAGGACCCGCCUGAUAAACCGACCGUAAGCCAGUUCACAAGAUUUCUGUGCGAUUCUCCACUGGAGCCAGAGACUCGGCCAGAUGGUCCUGCUUCAGGUUAUGGUUCCUUUCACCAGCAAUACUGGCUGGAUGGGAAGAUUAUUGCAGUGGGGGUGAUUGAUAUCCUUCCCUACUGUGUCUCAUCUGUGUAUCUCUACUAUGACCCCGACUACUCCUUCCUCUCCCCUGGAGUAUAUUCAGCCUUACAAGAAAUAGCUUUCACCAGGGAGCUGCAGACGAAAGCAUCAAACCUCAGCUAUUACUAUAUGGGCUUCUAUAUACACAGCUGUCCCAAAAUGAGGUACAAGGGUCAGUAUAAACCAUCCUACUUGUUGUGUCCUGAAAGUUACACCUGGAUGCCAAUAGAAAAAUGUAUUCCUCUGCUGGAGAGCUCCAAAUACAGCCGUUUCAGUAGCAACGCGAAACAAGGAGACAAAGACCUCAUGACAGAGUUGGGGCGGGUAAAAAUCCUACACAAGAGGACAGUUAUGCCUUACACUGUAUACAAGAAGAGGCGCAGGGGGCCCAGUGACGAGUCUGUAGUGAAACAGUAUGCAGAGAUGGUGGGUCAGACCUGCGCAGAACGCAUGCUGCUGUACCGCACAUAAGAGAUGCAGGGCUCGCCGUGUACCCCACAGAAGUCCAUGAGUCUCGGCAGGAGAGGAUGGUGCACUUCUACGCAUGGAUAGAACGGAGUUUAUAGGAUAGUAAUAACCACUCUAUAAUUAUCCUUCUGCACGGUCUGGGAACGCUAUGCAAUUGGCUUAAGCUGUGUUUCCUUUUUGUUUGUCAUAUUCCUAUAUGAACAGAAAUAUGGUGUUGCUUCUUUUUCUUACUUUUCUUUAGCUGACUUGAAAACAAAAUACCUGCAAACAGGAGUUAAGGCAUACAAGUUUGCACAUUUAAUUUAUUUGUUUAUUGGCUCCUGAGUGUGUAUAUGUAUAUAUUAUUAUUUUAAUGUUUUGCAAUCUGAUCUUAGUUAACCCGUAUCCGGCUUAAAUUGCCUAUCAUGAAGUGUUAGUUUGAUGCAAAACUGAUAAAUAACAGGCACCUCUGACAGCUGAAGGGUUAACCAAAACUGAGUCAAAUUUCACACAUUAACUUUUCAUCUACCUUUAUUAGGCAGUACAGGUAUAGCUUUGACUAUAGUAACCCCUUGGUGCAGUCUUUUCUGCUUUCUUAGAGGUGUUCAGACAUGACCCUGAAAUUCCAAUAGAUCAUCUGACACUUGUGUUUAUUAAUGUUGUUCUGGAUGUCUCACUAGCAAAGAUAUCCAGCUUCUUUAGACAGGGACCCUCUCUCACUACGUGCCUGUAUCAUAAAUGAAAUUUCGCUGUUUAGUGUAUGUCUCUGGCUUAACGGCCCAGAGCUCAACACGAAAAUAAAUCAAAAGUUAUAUAACCUUUGAAAA